AUGAACCUGUGCAAUGCAAUCAACAGUGCCCUACACAUCGCCAUGGCGGAAAACCCAAAGACGCUGUGCUUUGGUGAGGACGUGGCAUUUGGGGGCGUGUUCAUGUGCAGCAGGGGGCUGCUGGAGCGAUUCGGGCGGGACCGAGUGUUCAACACACCGCUCUCUGAGCAGGGCAUUGCUGGCUUUGCCAUAGGAGCGGCGGCGGAGGGCUACCGCCCCGUUGCCGAGAUCCAGUUUGCCGACUACAUCUUCCCGGCCUUUGACCAGAUCACCAGCGAGGCAGCCAAGUACCGGUACCGCAGCGGGGGGGCGUACGAUGUGGGCGGCCUCACCAUCCGAGCGCCCUACGGCGCGGUGGGGCACGGAGGCCACUACCACUCCCAGUCCCCAGAAUCCUUCUUCACACACAUCCCUGGCAUCAAGGUUGUGAUGCCUAGCGGCCCGCGAGAGGCCAAAGGCCUGCUGCUAGCCUCCAUCCGCGACCCCAACCCCACCAUCUUCUUUGAAGCGAAGAUGCUGUAUCGCACAGCGGUGGAGGGUGUGCCGGAGGGCGACUACGAAAUCCCGCUGGGCAAGGCUCGGGUGGCGCAGCAGGGCAGCGACAUCACGCUGGUGGGGUGGGGCCAGCAAGUGCGCGUGCUGGAGCUUGCGGCCAAGGAGGUUGGGGAGAAGGAUGGCGUGAGCUGCGAGGUGAUCGACCUGCGCACGCUGCUGCCCUGGGACGCAGACGCGGUGGAGGCGUCGGUGAACAAGACGGGCAGGCUGCUGGUGAGCCACGAGGCGCCCGUGACCAGCGGGUUUGGCGCCGAGGUGGUGUCCACCAUCACAGACAGGCGCGCUUUGGCUGCCGUGUGCUUCUAUUCUCUUGAGGCGCCCCCCGCCCGCGUGUGUGGCUACGACACACCCUUUCCGCUGAUCUUUGAGCCUCUGUACCUGCCGACCGCGCGGCGCGUUGUGGACGCUAUCCGCGCCACCAUGCGCCACGGCUGA